UUUAUAUGGUGAUGAUUUAUAAAAAUGGGGCCGCUCGUUUCCUAUAAGAAACUAUUAUUUUUUGUGUAUCAAAUUAUUUUACUUUCAUUAGUAACACAAUGUAAUUCAGACGAAAUUCUCGGUUGUGGUGGAUUUGUAAAAAGUCACGUUAACUUAGAUUUUUCAAAAAUAGAAAUAGGCCUAUACACCAAAGAAGGAAUUCUCAAAGAAAAAACAGAAUGCGCUCCGACCAAUGGAUAUUAUUUUCUUCCUAUGUACGAGCAUGGGGAGUAUGUUUUAAAAGUUCAUCCCCCAGCUGGAUGGAGCUUUGAGCCUUCACAAGUGGAAUUAGUGGUCAACGGUAAAACAGACAAAUGUUCCACUGGACAAGAUAUAAACUUUGCCUUUAAUGGAUUCGGUAUAACGGGUCGAGUGAUAACUGCCGGCCAGAGUACCGGGCCCACUGGUAUAACUGUGCAAUUGGUGGAUGAUAGUGGAUUAGUUAGGGAGACAGUUACUUCAACUAGUGGAGAUUUUCAUUUCACACCAGUCAUCCCUGGAAAAUACAUGCUAAAAGCAUCUCAUUCAAAAUGGAAGUUAGAGCCAGCUCAAGCAGUGGUACAGGUGAAGGAGGGGAACACAGCACUACCUGUAGGGUUGCUUGCAGUUAAGGGAUAUGAGGUGGUGGGCUCGGUCACAUCAUUUGGUAGCCCUAUUGCUGGAAUAUAUGUCUUGUUGUACUCUAAAGUGGAGAAACAGAAGUUCCGUGUAGAAGGUUGCAAUACUGCAUUAUUGCAAGGUGUACCAGACUCUCCGAUAUGUCACUCUGUCACAGAUGCAUCGGGAGAGUUUCAAUUUGGGCUGGUGCCAGCGGGAGAAUACAAAAUAUUGGCUCUGUCCAAGCCUCCCGGACAGGCCGCUGUCAGUUACAAUAUUCAGCCCGACAGUGUGCCCUUUAGUGUUAAACAUGAUAACAUUUACAUUAAAAAUGCUUUUGAGGUAACAGGAUUCACAGUAGUAGGGUCGGUGCUGAAUGCCCCCGGGGGCGAGGGUAUGCCCGGCGUGCGUGUGCUCUUCGAUGGCACCCCGGUUGGCACUACCGAUGCCACCGGCAAGUUCACACUACCCUCCCUCAAGCCUGGAUUUUACACGCUCACCUUCCAACAUGAACAAUGCGAAGUGGAGGAGGUGCGGGUGGAGGUAGAUGCGCGAGGUCCGGCGGGGGCGGUGGUCGCGGCGGCGGCGCGGUGGCGUGUCUGCGGACACGUGUCGCCGCCCGAGCAACGCCGCGUGCAGUUCGCCGCGCACCACGACACCGCCCGCCUCCACCAUGUCACUCCGCAGACUGAUGGUACUUGGUGCACUUUCUUAGCACCGGGCACUUAUACGGCUAAAGUCGAAGUUUCCGAGGAAGAGUUGAGAGAUGGAUUGCAAUGGUACCCGGCGAGCAGGUCAGUGGUGGUGUCGCGAGGUGGUGGUGUACCAGAUGUGACGUUCUCUCAGGUGCGUGCGCGUGUGCGUGGCCGCGUGGUGACGCACGCCGCGCAUGGCACGAGUGGCCUGCGUCUGCGUCUGCGACCGCUCGCACUAGACGGGGGGUACGCGUCGCGUGCACCUCUCCUCACCGCAAUACCCAACGACAAGGGCGAGUACGAGUUCAGCGAUGUGGUGCCGGGCAGCGUGGAGGUGUCGGUGGAGGGGGCGCGGCUGUGCUGGGCGGAGGCGCGGCACAACGUGGCCGUGGCCGGGGAGCUCGCGCUCGUGCCGCCCUUCGAGCAGGCCGGCUACCUGCUGCACCUCGUCUCCGACCAGGACAUAGAGGUGGAGUACAAGUCGAAGAGUGCGCGCGGGGUGCUGUCGGUGCCGGCGGGUGCCAGCGAGCAGUGCGUGCCGGCCGCGGAGCAGUACACGCUGACACCGCGAGGCUGCCACCUCUUCCAGCCUCCCGUCGCCCGCGUGGACCUCGCCGCUGACGACCCCCCGACGGUGGAGUUCAGUGCGGUGUCGCACGCGGCGGUGGUGCGCGUGACGUCUCCGGACCCCGUGUCCGACCUGAUGCUGCACGUGGAGGCGGCGGAGGGCGGCCGCGACCUCGGGCCCCUCACGCCCGUGCCCGACCCCGCCGGGGGCUACAUCUUCGAGCACACCUUGUAUCUGGCCGAUGGCGAGGAGGUGUCUGUGCGGGCGACGUCGGCGACGCUGCUGGUGAGGCCGCGCGAGGCGCAGCGGGUGCGGGGCGCUGCGGGGUGCGGGGCGCCGGCGCUGCAGCUGCGGGCGGCGCGCGGCCUCACGCUGGCCGGCCGUCUGCUGCCGCCAGUCGCCGACGUACUCAUCACACUGCGCUCCGAUGACCUGGUGCUGACACAAGUGACCGGGGAGGACGGCACAUACCGGUUCGGGCCGCUGGAGCGCGGUCGGCGAUAUGUUGUGAGCGCGAAAAAGGACUCGUACGUUUUUGGCGAGCGCGACGAGGACGGCAACAUCGCCGCCAGCAAGCUCGCAGAGAUCCUGGUGGAGCUGCAGGACGAGGCCGACGGGAAACCUCUAGAGGGUGCGCUGGUGUCGGUGAGCGGGGGUGAGUACAGGCGCACGGCGGCGUCGGACGCGGAGGGGCGACUGAGGUUCGUGUCGCUGGCGCCGGCGCAGUACUACGUGCGGCCCCAUCUCAAGGAGUACCUGCUGCGGCCGCCGCACGCCACGCUGCACGUGCCGCCGCACACUGACCACGUGCCGCACGACAACAUGCGGCACACGCUGCGCUUCACCGGAGUACGCGUGGCAUGGUCGGUGUGGGGGAGCGUGGUGUCGCUGAACGGUGCGGGUGUGGCGGGCGUGGGAGUGCGCGCGCUGCCCGUGUCGCCCUCCGCCGAGGCUCCGCCCCCGCCCCCGCCCCCGCCCGCACACUGCGUGCCGCAGGACGCCACCGCCUCGCCUGACGCCACAUUCCGCAUUCGCGGAUUGAUGCCAAAUUGUUACUACAAACUCGAGCUGAAGGAAUCCUCUGCACCGGAAUUGAGCGGCCUGAGGCUCGCCAAGGCGCCGCCACUCAUCGAAAUGAAGGAGCAGGACGUGGAGAACGUGCGCCUGAUAGUGAUCCAGCGCGCGGCGGUGACUGACGGCGGCGUGGUGGUGCGCGCGCUCGCCGACCACAUGCGCACGCUGCGCCUCACGCUGAGCGCGCAGGCCACGCCCCACGCCCCGCCCCUCAUGGCCGCACGCCCCGACGCCCCGCCCCCGUCCGGCACGCCCCGCCCCCACGCCGCGCUGCUGCCGCUGCCGCGUCUGCCCGCUGACAACGCCACCUAUGUGCUGCGUCUCGACUCCACGCUGUCCAAGGCCACGCACGACUACGAUGACGUCAUCAUACACUUCGUCUCCGAUGGACGUUUCAAGGAUUUCACCAUCGAAUUUAUGCCCAAGGUGCGGGCGUCGGAGCAGGAGCUGCGAGCGACGUCCAUCCUGAUAGUGCCGGUGCUGUGCCUGCUGGCCCUCGCCGUCAGCCAGCGACAGCGUCUGCUGCAGCUCCUCACCGCCGCCUCCGCCUCCGCCGCCUCCGCCGCCUCCGCGCACACCGGCAAGCGCGCCCUCCGCAAGAAGGUGCAGUGACACACUCAUACAUACAACACAUACACACGACACACUGAUUCAUGUCAAGUCAACAUCCUUAUAGAAAAUUUGCAUUU